AUGAGUUCGAGCGUCGCUGAAGCAAAUCACAUGGAGAAGGAAGAAUCACUGAGACUGGCGAUCGCUGUUUCUCUGCUACGAUCGAAGAUCCAGAACCGUCGAUCUUCUUCUUCUACCUCUCGCUCUGAUGUUUUCUCUGAAACUGAAGCUCUUCGCUGGAAGCAGAAGGCUAAAGAUAGGAAGAAAGAGAUUAUCAAACUCCAGGAAGAUCUCAAGGAUGCUGAAAGUGCUUCGCAUUGUGAUUUAUUCCCAGCAAAUGCUUCUUGCAAGUGUUAUUUCUUUGAUAACUUGGGAGAGUUCAGUGGCAGGCGGAUUGAAGAGGUUUCUGAACAGAGAUUUAACGAUGUUCUUCGUCGUAGAUUUCUCAGACUAGCGAGGAGAAGGGUAAAAAGGAAAUCAACUCGAUCAUCUCAAAGAUUUCAGCUCUCAGAACCGGAAUAUGAAGAGGAAGCAGAGCAGCUAAGGUUAUCUAUAGAUUUUCUCUUGGAGCUAUCUGAAGCAGACUCCAAUGCCUCUAAUUUCAGCAAUUGGUCACAUCAGGCUGUAGAUUUCAUAUUAGCUUCACUGAAGAAACUGAUAUCGAUGGGGAAGAACUUAGAAUCUGUUGAAGAAUCUAUCAGUUCCAUGAUUACACAGUUAAUCACAAGAAUGUGCACUCCCUUUAAAAGAAAUGAGGUGAAACAACUAGAAACAACUAUUGGGUUUUAUGUCCAGCAUUUGAUCCGUAAACUGGGAAGUGAACCGUACAUUGGUCAGCGAGCAAUAUUUGCUCUUUCUCACAGAAUAUCCAGUUUAGCUGAAAGUUUACUAUUUAUGGACCCAUUUGAUGGAUCAUUCCCAGAGAUGGAUGAGUGCAUGUUUAUAUUGAUGCAGCUAAUUGAGUUCCUGAUAUGUGACUAUUUAUUACUCUGGGCAGAGAGUGAAGCAUUUGAAACUGUUGUGUUUGAGGAGUGGAUAGCAUCAGUGGUCCAUGCGAGGAAAGCAGUAGCGGCAUUGGAAGAAAGAAAUGGGUUGUAUCUUCUUUACAUGGACCGAGUCACAGGGGAAUUAGCUAAAAGAGUUGGUCAGGUCACAUCUUUCCGAGAGGUGGAGCCAGCCAUUUUGGACAAACUCUUUGCCUACCCAGAAUGA